AUGACAAGUCAAAAUAUUUUGUCGCAACGACACUUGUUGCGAUGCCUUUUGGCAUUUUUCGUCGUAUUUGUUCACAAUUAUGUUGAAAUGGCGGUAAUUUUAACGCCAUCGACUCCGUUGAACGUUACUGAAGUAGAUGAGUCACUUAUUACAACGUUGCGGUAUAAACGGAGCGGAGGUUAUCCGAAAAUACCGAUGCAGGAAAAGGUGAAAUAUGAGUCGCCAAAUGAUUGUGGCACGAGAUCUGUUCACUUUGAUCCGUUGAGGAAGGGGAAAAUUGUCGGAGGAACAAGUACUCCAUACGGUGCUUACCCAUGGCAAGUUGAAAUCCAAAAAUUCAGCACAGACUUGGGAAAAUUCAUGCAUCAUUGUGGCGGCGCCGUAAUUGGUAAAAAUCUCGUCGUAACCGUAGCUCAUUGCGUCGACAAAUCUCAAAUAAAAUACUAUCGCAUCGUCAUUGGCGAUCACAUUUUGGACCAAAGAGAUCCUCACGAGUACAGUUACCGCGUCGAAUCUGUCGUUUCACAUCCUUCUUUCCGCCUCGAUGGUCCCUACAGCAACGACAUCGCCAUCGUAAAACUCAAAGCGCACCGAAUCGGCUUUAAUUCACACGUGCGCCCGAUUUGUCUUCCGGAUCCACAGGAAAAUAUUCCCGCAGGCACCAUUUGUUCCGUUACUGGUUGGGGAAUUCAACGUGCCGAAGACAUCAAAAGUUUGUCGUCGGUUUUGCGAGUUGCCGCUGUGCCCAUUAUGGAUACGGAAAUGUGUCGCAAUAACAGCAUCAACGGAGGCAGAUCGCAAAAAAUUCUUGAUUCGAUGCUUUGUGCGGGAUCGACUGAUGGCGGAAUGGAUGCUUGUGCGGGAGAUUCGGGAGGACCAUUGGCUUGCGAGUAUAAUAAUCGGUUUUAUUUGACGGGACUUGUUUCGUGGGGCGAUGGAUGUGCGAAGAAAAAUCGACCGGGAGUUUACACGAGAGUUGAGUCUUUUAUCGAUUGGAUUCAUGAGUCGAUUGAUUCGUUAGAAUAA